AUGGCGAGCUUGGAGAUAGGCAAUGACUCGGACGAGACGGUGUGCAGCGGGACUGGCGGCAAGGGACCGGAAAACGAGCUGACGAGAGACUUUCUAGAGUGGAGCAAAAGGCCGGCGGGUUCGGACAAGAAGGGAUGCCGGGGGACGGGGAAGACGCCGGUGUCGCUGGUCGAACGGUACGAGAUGCUCGAGGAGACGAUACUGCAGAAGCUGGAGACGUGGUUGUCGUACAUGGACAACUUUGUGGCGGUGCAGGCGGUGUUCCCGUCCCUGGAGCGACGGACGAGGGACUCGGCGGUGUUCCGGCCCCUCAGCUUCUGCCUCCGGCAGGUGGCCAAGAUCUACAUUGUGAUGAUCCUCAUCUACUUGAAGCGGUUUGUGCUGCGGCUGCAGCGGAUCAACCGGCUCAUCGGUGUGGUGAAGACGGAGGCGGCCAUCAUCCGGGGGAACUUCCUCAUGAAGGGCUCGCACGUGACGGAGUACCAUGAGCGGUGUCUCCGGGUGUUGUACACGGAGAAGGUGAAGGCGGUGGUGGAGAUAGUGGGCUACGCGAACGACCUCGUGUUGAACCUCAGCCUCGUGACGAAGCGGUUCCGGCUCGGACGGGCGCUGCGCAAGCUCGUGGGCUUUGUCAGCUGGAUGGUGAACGUGUACCGGUUGUGCCGGGACGAGACGCAGGAUGCGAAGAACGACGCCGCCAUGUCUGAGAUCGAGGCCAGGGUCGCUGUGUAG